CAGCAGACGUAUGGGGGGGAUAAAUUUUGCAAACACUUGUUAUACAGAGAGUAGAGCUUACUGUUUGGCAGAGAUUGUAAAGGUGUCAUAAUUUUUGACAAAUUAGUUUUCUGUGGUUUUUUUUCUAAUAAGUUGAUAUAAUGUUCCUGUAACAUAAUGGUAACUGCUGAUGAACCUGGUUGGGAAAAUAGUAAGCAAUGAAGGAAACAAGCCUGUGACAAGCUGAUCUGGAUUGCUAAAUCAGGUGCAAACUAGCAACAUACAUUUUACCACUGCCAAAUACAAAGUUGUUAAUCUAAGAAUCAAACAGGAGCACAGUGCUGAUGGAGGCAGUUCAGUGAGGAGCCACAAGUAUGACUGGGAUGAAGGGAAAGUAACUAUCUACUGUCUCUUAUCUGUCCUUCUCUCCAGGUAUCUAUAGGGAAAGCCAAAAUUUGACAAAGGGUUUUUAAAUCUGAAGGCAAAACCAGAAACCUAUACCAUGCCUGGAAGUUGAGGUUGUACAAAUCCUGUCUAGAAAUAUGGUUCAGCUUUUUUUUCUUUUUUCUUUUUUCUUUUUUUUUUUAAACAGUAAGAUCAUUGUCAGUGGGAUAAAAGGGAAACAAGUUCCUGAAGUUUGGAAUGAAUAUUCUUUUCCUGGGAAAAUUUUGACAGAGACUGAAUCAUAUUCAUAAAUGGCAUGUCUGGCCUGAAGAAAGCAGUCCAGGGAAGUCCUGUGCAUUGUGCUGCACAAGCAGUCACAGAAAAUGAUUGUGAUGGCCUUAUCCACAUCUGUAACUUAGGAAUCUUGAAUGAACAAUAAUAUUUUCACUGAUAAUAUUUCUGAAAUGAGCAUCUGGCCUCUUGGCAAUCUACCUCCUUUGUCAAACUAAAACACAUCUAUUUGGCAAUUGUCCCCAAGCCCUUGGCAGCAGCAGAUGUCUCUUUAACUUCUAUGGCAUUCAAACGAAGUGGCUGACCAUCAUGGCCUCAUGCCUGUUCAAAGCACAUGUCAGCCAGAAGUUUAGCCAAAUGAUGAGAGGCUUAACACAGAGGAAGACUUGCUCCAAAACUUGAGCAAUAUCACUGAGCUGUCAGUAGCUAGAGGGGGUAAGAACGCACAGAAACAAUAACACCUCCUUGAGGAGAAACUCUCUGCCUUUGGAUGUGCAAUGGGAAUACGUACAAGGAAGAUUUCAGGAACAUGACUGAAGAGAACAGGAACAGCACUGAUUCCUCCUCUGCCUUCACUCACACAAGCACCAUGACUGCCAUACUCAUUACUGUCUACUCUGUCGCCUGUGCUGGAGGUGGGAUCGGGUCCAUCACAAUGUCAUUUGUGCUGGUCAAGAUGAACUCUCUGUCCGUGACCACUACAGCCAUCAUUAACCUGGUUGUUGUGCACAGCCUCCUCCUAUUCACGGUACCCUUCCGCCUGCACUACUAUGUCAACAAGAAGUGGGUCUUCAAGAUGCCAUUGUGCAAAAUGGUGAGUGCAAUGGUGCACAUCCACAUGCACCUGACAUUCCUAUUCUAUGUCAUCACGCUGGUGAUCCGGUGGCUCAUCUUCUUUCAAUGGAAGGACAAAGUGGAGUUUUACAGGAAGCUGCACGCCAUUGCAGCAAGUGCUGCUGUGUGGGUCUUUGUCAUGGUCUUCGUGGUGCCAGCCUUUUACUUUGAGUAUGGACGCUCAGGCUCAUACAAUGAUACAACAUGCUUUAAGUUCCACAAAGAACUACAGCAGGAGGGCGUGAAAGCCCUGAACUACAUCAUAAUUGUAAUUGUCGCCUGCAUUACUUGUGCCCUCUUGGGCCUGCAGAUUUUCAUCCUGGUAAAAGUGGCGAGAAAACUUUCCGCCUCCCUCUGGUCACACCAAGAGUUCUGGGCCCAGGUGAAAAACUUGAUUUUCAUCUGUGUCAUCAUAGUUUGUUUCCUUCCCUAUCACCUAUUCAGGGCCUACUACAUACAGCAUGUGAGUGACCAUGAGCAGUUAGAAAGCUACAAUGAAGUUUUUUUGAGUCUGAGUGCCCUCAGCUGCCUGGACCUGCUGUCGUUUGUGCUGAGUGGAAGCCGUCUCUUCAAGCAAAAGGUGGGCAUGCUUCGCAGCAGGUUGUCUUGCUGCUAGCAUCAACCUCCUGUGGCAUGCAUGGACCUGGACCUGGCAGAACACGGUGCUGGACAGGCAUGGCAAAACCCCUCCUCAGCAAGUCAAGCCCUGGAAACAGCGCAACACACUUGCACAGGGCUCUGCACAUCUGUUCCCCAAAAUAAUGGGGUGGAUCACCUCCAGUGUCUCAGCUGGAUAACUGGAGUAUUAUCUCUGGAAUUUCCAGUGAGUUGCAGAUGCACGAGGAGGAAAGGGAGGAAGGGCAUGGGCUCUUCUGUCUUACUAUUUGUACAUCAAGGUUUGUGAAGUCAAAGACACUAGGAGGAAACACAAGAGAAUUUGCAAAAUAUGUAUAAAUACAAAUAGAAAAACAGCUUUGUAUGGAAUAAGGUACAGCUUUUUGAAAUGUAAUGAUCUAUAUGCAUCUAUUUCCAUAUGCAUUUCUUGUUUAUUCCUCACAAGCUCUCGUAAAAAGAAGGGAGGCUAUUGUUCAUCCUGAGUAGGUCUGUUCACUGCAAAGGCAAGUGUAACUUCCUGAGUGAACUGAACAAUCAAACAACUCUCAAAACAAGCCAGCAAUAAAUAUGUAUUUCUUAAAAGAUUUUCUCAAGAUGACCUAUUGAAGAUGAUAUCAUUGCAGCAGAAAAGAGUUUUGUUCUCUUCCCACAUUGUGAAAAUGCCUCUAACAACAAAAAUUGCACAUUGUUACUGAAAGGAACAUUCUAAGUUCAAUCAAAGCAUGUAUUUUUAUUUACAGAAUUGUUCAAUUAAAAAAAAUAGCAAUGAUGAUAAUUCUACUUAGAUGAUUCAGACAGCAGUUGUCUUCUCUUAAAAAGUCUAAUAUUUUAGGUCUCCAAGACAACAAUAGUUUUUUUUCACCUAUGUUGAUUUUGUGCAAUUCUGAAGUUUAGAACCAAUUACUCACAGUAUCUUUACCUUCAAAUCAAUUCUAUAAAUUCAGUAUCCUGUACUACUAGAAGAAAUUAAAAUGUUAGUGCUUGGAUUGGAGGGAUGGAAAAAGCUAAUAAACCUGGUGCAGCUAAAAAGCUUAUUAUAUCUCAGUGAGGCACUAUGUGUUGCUAUCUCUGAAGACAGAAUUGACAGAGCAAAAAUUCAGCAAAAUAGUUCUGUGAAACACAUUCAGCUUUUCACAGCUAAGCUGCUUUACUCCUAUCGCAAUAAAAAAAAAAAGAAAAGAGAAAAAAAAAAAGUGUAUAUAUCUCCAACAGCUAUAACCCAAGACAGCAAUGGCUAAUUUAUCUUUCUUUUCUUGCCGUCUGCAUAAUGUCAUGUUGUUUCCAUUUAGAGUCAGUGGAAUAAUAUUUUAAUAGUUUGGCAAAUUAGAGGUUUUCAGCUGAUUGACUUUCAGCCACAGACUCUCCUCAUGAUGCUGUUCAAGUCCACCUUUCCAUAGUUUUGAUUCUUUCCAUUCCUUUGUGUUUUACCUUCAACAUCUCUUGCUCAUCAGAUAACAAUCAAAUAAUGAUUGACUGAUUGAUUUUGCUGUACCUGUACAAUCUUACAGUUAGGCUUGUUGCUUUUGAUCCCACCUAAGACAAUCCCAUAUCAUCUAUAGUCUUUCUUCCCCAUCUUCCCUCUUGCUUCAAGCUUCUUUAUCUCUCAGGAGAUCAGGAAAGUAUUUUCAGGUCAAUGUCUAAAUAUUGCUAUGUAACACCAAAAGUUGGAAAUCACUGAAGUUUGUAACACAAGCGAGAUGUGGUAGUACUCUCGUGACCCACUCCUGGCAUAUAGCUUGAAUCACAGCAGCGGUUAAGAUAGAAAUGUGAGAGUUCACAGUGUGUGCAGAUCUGAGAUAAAACUGUCUCAGAAGGUGUUUGCCCCAAAAGGAUCACGGUAAAGAAGUCGGCAACUAGCAGCCAGAUUCAGCUGCAGUUAGGGAAUCUCAGAGAGUUUUACAACAUGAAAGUGGUCAACUUGAAUGUGUAGUUCACCACUAGUUAAUUGUGUGUCAUUAGGAAAGCAAUAAACUGCUCUGAUGCAGAUUUGUUUUAAAGCUACACGAACAAAUCAGCUUUUCCUUGUGGCAGGAGAGAAGAUGGAAAAUGGCAUGACAUUAUUUUGUUCUCCUAUAGCAAAUGUUGGUAAAGAAAAUGCCUUGCUUUAUAGGGACUGCAUAGCUUUGUAACACUAUAUUAUAAACCUUUUGUAGUAAUAAAGUGUUAACAAACAAAAUGACUAUGUGCUGAAAAAGUAAAGCAAGCCUCCAAGUUCCUGCAAAUAUGCAUACAAAUGAAAAGCAUUUUGUAUCUGAAUUUGGCAAGAUUUUAAACAAAUAAAUUGUAUGUUUACAAACAGUACCUCCUGACCAUACAACUGAAACAAUGUUAUUCAUGUAUGCGUUAAAAUCACAAGUUGUAUAGUUCUUGCAAAAAUGUACACAUUCACAAUACCCUGAACCACAGCACCAUGAAAAAUACUAGAAAGUGUUUGUUUUUUUUCCAAACAAAUAUUUAUGUUAAUGAUGUUAAUGCUAACUCAGGAUGAUAAUGAGAAGAAUUAGGGGGUCAUAAUUCCAUACUUGAAGCUGGUGAUACUGUUCAGCACCAAGUCAUGCUUUAUAUGGGACUGUCUACAUGAACUUUACAUCUGCCAUUCAUCUCGAUUUUUGGAUGUCAGAGCCUGGCAGAGAAAGGCUGCCAUUACUCUGAGAGAACAAAUUUGUAGUUAGCACUGGCAGGAGUUGCCCUGCCAGAUGGUGACAGAGGUGAUGCUUCCAGCAAGGGUGCUAACAGGGCUUGCAGGGAGGACUGGUGCUGCUCCCUCCAGCUUCCCCACCCUUUGCCACUCAGCGGCUUCUUCCUCUCUCCCACCCUCCCGGGCACCCUCCCUGCCCACUUUCCCCAGGAGGGCUGAGGAAGGGUGGAGGUGUUUCCAGGUAAUGCCACAGAAGGAAAAGAGUCUGAAUAACUCCUGAAAACGAAGAUGUAGACAAGGCCAGAGCAACAUUCAAAAUGUAACCAAGUGUCUCCUGUGACUGGGGAUGGCAGAGGCAGUGAUGGAGAACAGCCAACAUGUGGGAAAGAAUCUACAGGGCAAGGAGGAAUUUCCUGUUAACAUCACCUGCUUGGUCAGAGGCACCACUGGCUUAAAGGAAACCCUGAUUUUGCUGACUGGGGAUUAUGGAGGAUAGUUCUGGAUUAGGAAACAACCACAUGAGAACACAAAAAGCUGUAUUACAGCAGGUCAUAUAGGGGAUGUACCAUGGAGAAUGGGACAGCGGAUGAGGAUUGGAGAGCAGAAUGUCAGCAUGUUUCUGCCACACAGUGGCAAGAUAACAUAGACUAUGUCUCUAGCCUUUGUCUCAAGUUGCUCUCAACCAUUAAAGUUGCCAAAAAGUGACACGCUCACUGAUAGGAGAAAACUUGUGUUCUACAACUCUUUGUUUCCCUUCCCACAUCACUCUUUCCAUAGGGCUGUGAUUCUUCUGCUGAAUGGCUUUCAGCUGCAUCAGUUCCCACUCUAGCUCAUCAGGGAGUCAUGGAAAAUCAAGUCAAUGCAGGGAUAAAUACAGCAAGACUGCUUUUUCCAGCAAUCCUGAUUUAGGGCAUUUAUUAGACUGCAAUCCUAGUUGUCUAAUUUUCCUUAGGAUCCAGAUCUUUUAUUUCCAGGCAGUUUUCUACAGAUCCACAUCACCUGACAUUUCCAUUUCCAUGUGCUCCCAUGGACCAGGGAGCCUUAGACUAACGAUACUGGUAAGGAAAGACAGGACCUACACAUCUGCAGGCAGGAAUCACAGAAUCACCACUUGAGGCUCUCUCCAAGGAUAAGAUGAGGAUGGCAGCCUCUGAAGGCAGCAGAAGAAGCGGUUCCUGAACAGAAACCUCAAUAGAGUUGCAGGGCUGGACACUUCUGACCCAUGAAGUCACCCAUUUCUUCUGUUCUCAGAGAAAUAUGACUUUAUAUGCACUUUUCCUGUAAGUAAAUCCCAUAGCUAGGACUUGAUUGGAAACAAGGGCUGGUUUCAUAAGUAAUGGGAUCAGUAAUAAAACACCAGCUUGACCUCAUAGCCAGAAGCUUCAGAAAAUCAAACUAAACUUUCUGAUGAGGUUCUAAGGGACAUGGUUUAGAGGUGGAAUUGUCAGUGCUAGGUUAACAGUUAGACUCAAUGAUCUGAUAUGUCUUUUCCAACCAAAAUGGUUCUAUGAUUCUAUUAUAUGAAUACCAAUAAAGAUAAUAUACAGUAUCCAUUCCCUGAAGUAUACCUGCAAGUAAUAUAUAGUCCUCUUUCCUCUCGUGAGGCAGUAAACAGGCCAGCUGGCUGCUUUCAAUCUCAACCAGUAACACUUCCCUCUCUCCCAGUAGUGCCUCCAGUUUGGGAGUGUCUGACUGUUUUUUGCUCUUUAGCUCUGGUAGCUGUGCCCUCAAUUAAUUGUGUACUCAGCUGACUCUGUGGCCUUGCUAAUGGAAAUAGUGCAAGUCUCAUAUCUGGGAAGGCUAACACACAACCAACUCGGGGUUCAGCAGGGUCAUAGUUAGGAAGAGCUGCAUGCCCAAUACCUACAAAAGAGGCAAGACAUAUUAUUACAGAAAUGUAAUAGCACCUCCAAAUGCUUCAUGUGAACCUGGAAUGCAAGAUUCUGACUUGUGCUUAGCAGGGGCUGCACACCAGGGAAGAAGACUCAAGAAAAAGAGCUCACAGCUUCUCAUCUGUUUUAGAGGCCUACAGCAUAAAGAAACAACCUGCCUAUGGCUGAGGGGGAGUCAUGUAGUAGUGGCAGCAUGAUCUCUAACAGAGACAUGUAAGAGUUGCAGAUAGGAUUUGUCUUCCUAAUACUUUUCCUCAACAGGUGUGAGACCUCACAGAGACUCCACUAGUCAGGUGCUACAAAAGCACUGAAGAAAAUAAGAAAGGGCAGCACAGACUGUAUCUGCAUUGAUGAAAAAUUCUGUGGUGGACAACUUUGAAUCACACGCUUGGAGAAAAAGAGAGCCUCACUGGUCUGGGGGCUUUCAGGCAGAGAAACACCCCCACUUCCCACCUUCUGCUACAGAAAGAGUGGCUUUAUCUUCUGCCUAAGACAUGAACGUGUCCCUAUGCAAGAAGUAUCAUCACAAAGUUUCACAUAAUGAAAAGCAGUUUGUAAGUUAAAAUCAUCUUGCAAAAAUAAAACAUCUCUACAGUAAACUGGCUUUCAGAAGUUUAAACCCAAACAGAAGACAAUUUGUAAAUAUUUAUCUGUGAAGGUGGCUAUUAUGAAAAUAAAAAAGUGAUUUUGGAGUUCUUUCAUCACAGAAUCACAGAAUGUUAGGGAUUGGAAGGGACCUCGAAAGAUCAUCCAGUCCAAUCCCCCUGCUGAAGCAGGAACACCUAGAUGAGGCUACACAGAAAUGUGUCCAGGCAGGUUUUGAAUGUCUGCAGAGAAGGAGACUUCACACCCCGCCCUGGGCAGCCUGUUCCAGUGCUCUGUCACCCUCACUGUGAAGAAGUUUCUUCUCAAAUGUAAGUGGAACCUCUUGUGUUCCAGUUUGAACCCAUUACCCCUUGUCCUGUCAUUGGUUGUCAGCGAGAAGAGCCUGGCUCCAUCCUUGUGACACUCACCCUUUAUAUAUUUAUAAGCAUUAAUAUGGUCACCCCUCAGUCUCCUCCAAGCUAAAGAGACCCAGCUCCCUCAGCCUUUCCUCAUAAGGGAGAUGUUCCACUCCCUUAAUCAUCUUCGUUGCCCUGCGCUGGACUGUCUCCAGCAGUUCCCUGUCCUUCUGGAACUGAGGGCCCCAGAACUGGACACAAUAUUCCAGGUGUGGUCUCACCAGGGCAGAGCAGAGGGGAAGGAGAACCUCCCUCAACCUACUAACCACCCCCCUUCUAAUACGCCCCAGGUUGCCAUUGGCCUUCCUGGCCACAAUGGCACAGUGCUGGCUCAUGGUCAUCCUGCUGUCCACCAUUCAUGUUUCAGCCACACAAAAUGACUGUUUUCAGGCAUUUCAGAAAAUAAUGGCCAUUUUAUUACACCACUGGACUGCAUUCUUUACUUGCUCAUCGCCUGAAAUGCCUAAUGGUUUCUAGCAUUUCAAGAAAUGGGAACAGUUCUCACUGUUGUUCUGGUGCAAGAGGUCAGGUGUUUCUAAUAUCAGUCCAAUGGAACAAAAAAAUUAAAAACAGCUAUGAUUUCUGUGAACUAAAGUUGACCUCACAAGAGUCUGUAUUUUAGAAAAUACAAUAUACAUCUUUUUCUGUGAUAUAUUGUGCAGUUUUGAGCAGUUUGGGAAUAAAAUUAAAUAAAGCAGCUCUUUCUGUUGUCUUUCAAGUUAAUAAGUUCAAAAAGCUAGAUAUUAGAUAUUUUGCAUAUUACCUGCCCACUGUUUUCUGUCAUUUUGCAAAAUAGCUGGAAGAUUUUAGUCAUUUUUCAAAAUGACUGGUUUCACGAUGUGACUGUAUCAUACGUCAGAAAUUUGUGCAAGAGUAGUUGCACAUAAAAGGAGGGAGUUGGAUCAGAUUUCUCUACUUACUCAGUAGUCAUUCCUAAAGAUGCCUCAGGACUUUGAAGUUACAUUUGGAGAAGAACUAUUGCUGAAAUAAAGAAGACAAAAUGGAAUCCCAAGUCAAAGUCAAGACAUGAAUUGUAUCUACUUGGAAAAUAAGUAUGGAAAAGCUAUCAUUUCUGGAGUUUGUUUAGUUUUGUUUGUUUGUAACUCUAAGUGUGUACUUUGCUUCUUUCCCCAUUUAAAUACACAGCAUUAUUCCUAGUAAACUGCUUGUUGUUUCCCUCAUUUCAGAUACGAAGCUCUACAAUGUAGAGACACUGAGAAGCUAAUUAAGAGGAGGCAGCCACAACAAGGAUCUCCCACAUAUUAUGUGAGCAUCAAGAAUACAUAUGAUAUCAUCAAAAAAUUUGACCACCACUGGCCAUGGUGGUCACAACCAUGUCAUGAAACACUUGUCAUCUAAGAAUGUGAGCAUCACCAGAAAUGUUGUUGAGUUCUUCAAAUCCUUCUGUGUAGUGUGUCAAGAAAAAAGAAGGCACCACGUGGAAUCAUCUGCUGGCCAGUCAGUUCUGAAUGAGUGGCACUUAGCACAUGGACAAAAUGACUUCAUCAAUAUGCAGUCCCUGUGUCUAGGUAGUUUGGAGUGGAUAAUAGUGUACCAGGACUGCGUCAGCAAAUGUUGUGUUCUCUGUCUGUU